ACACAGAAUCCAUCGUCAAACCCUAUCUCUCCCUUGCUCUGCAAUUCUAUUCGCUCUCUCUCUCUCUCUAUCUCUCUCUUUCCCUUUCUCGUUCCGAAACCUAGAUUAACCCCCAAUCUGACAUGAAAUCCAAACCCCAAAAUCUCAUUGGGGUUUCAGUGUCAGCCUCAGAGGACACACACGUCCUUUGAUGAAUUGUUCGCCUCCCUUCCUCAAACCCUAGCCUCGAUUUUCUUUCCCCUUUCUCCUUUCGAUUGCGCGUACUUGACUUACCCAGCGAGAGAGAGAGAGAGAGAGAGAAAUAGGGAACGAUCGAUAGGCCAUGGAGGGCUCAGUGGCGGAGGAUCUCGGAGCCCCGGAGUCAUGGGAGGUCGCCGGUUUGGACGAGGCCAUGAACCGCCUGAUGCUUUCCUCCAACAAGGAUUCCAAGCCCCCGCAAACUCUCAACGACCUCCCGCCUCUGGUUUCCUCUUCUUCCGAUGCUUCUGAUAAGUUUUCUGAGGAUGCCGUUAAUCAGGUCGACCAGUUCCUUCGCGAGGCCUUGCAAAACCCUCGAGAGCGCCUAUCAAUUUUACGAAUGGAGCAAGAUGUGGAGAAGUUUAUCCGUGAUCCUAUUCAGCAGCAACUAGAGUUUCAGCAGUUGCCCACUUCUUAUUUACGCUUGGCUGCACAUCGUGUGGCUCAACAUUAUUCGCUUCAGUCAAUGGUUUUAUUAGAUAAUAAUUUACCCGAUGGCUCUGGUUCCAGAAUUAUUGUCCGUAAAACUCCUGAGUGUCGACUCCCUCUGAUUCGCCUUGCAGACAUCCCUGUUAAUUUACCAUCAGAAGACGGCGGUGUUACUAAGGUUGCAAUAAAACAGAGGCCACAAAAACGGUCACAGGGUGGAAACAGUGCAAACUCAAACUCGUUAAAGGCAAACAGUGCUAAAAGUGUGGAAGAACGGAAAGAGGAGUAUAACAGGGCUCGUGCACGAAUAUUUAACUCUAGUAUUAGUAUGAGUGGCAGUCCAAGUGGGAAAUCAGAAAGUGAACCAAAACAGCAGGAUACCCCACAACAUGUACCCUUGGUAAUGCCAAAGGUGGAAGAUAAAUCAAGUGUUUCUGAUUUGCACUCUGGUAGGGGUUUAAUUGAGUCGUCAACAAGUAGCAGUAGAACAGCUAGAAGUAGGCCAGAGAAGGAGCCGGUUGGGAGGUACAAACCAAAUAAUAGGGUAGCUAUAUUUAGGGAUCGUGAGAUUGACUGUAAGGACCCUGAUUAUGACAGGAGCUAUGACAGGUACAUGCAAAGAUUUGAUCCUCGGUUUGGAUUCAGUGGUGGCCCAUACACCAUCCAGCCUAUGUAUACACCUGCAUUGAACUACAACACCGAGUUUCCUCAACUUGGUUCUGCUCACAGGCCUCAGAUUUCUACUGAGCAUCAGCCUCGUCCUCUUCCACAGCAUCUACCUGGGCCUUGGGUUCCACCAUCGCCUCCUGCAGGAAUUGGGUAUGCCCAUCCGGAGACCAUAAUCACACCAUUCAAUCCAAAUCAUGUUGGUGCACGAUCUACAUCUGGCAUUUAUCUACAUUCAUCCCAGUAUCAUGGUCAGCGCCCUGGAAUGCCCUAUGUCCAUCCUCAUGAACAUGUUCACCAACCUUUUUCACAGUCUCAUCAACAGCAACCUGAUGCAAGUUUUGGGUUAGCCCGGCCCCGGUGAGGGCAGGGGCUGUGCCUGCACCCUGCCUGCUUGAUGUCGAGCAUGAAUUAUAAUGGGCUGCGAAAGCCGCACAUGUUUCAGAUGGCAGGAGUGCAGGCAUAGGGAACCAAGGUGUGGUUGAGUGGAUGGGAUCAUUUCUAUGGAUACAGACAUCAUCUGUUCCCCCCAUUCCUUGGUUCCAACGGAAGCUUCUUCCAUCAGUGAUGGAUGAUGAAGAAGCUCCAUGGGUUUGGAAAUAUAUCUAAAUAAGCUCUCUUUAGAGCUUUGCGACCCUAUGAUGACGAAGACAAUUUAGAAGAAUUCAAACAGAGCUGAGACAGUAUGUCUCUGCUUGGAUGAAGGCUUUGGUUACUUAAAGAGUAAGCAGCAUUGAUACGUCUCUUUGUUGUCUUAAAGCACGAAUAAGAGCUAGAGGGAGUCUGAAUUGGAGGAUACUCUGAAACUAUGCUUUUGGGAAGUUUGAUCUGCAUCCAGUGGAAACAUCAGUCCAGAGAAAGUUGCUGAAUUUCUUACGGGGGUAGUAAGAAUUAGGUUUCAUUCUUCCCAGUUUAUAUGUUGUCUGCGCACUCGUACGAGAAGUAUCUACAAAUCUGUCGCCCACCACUUACGGUUUUAGCAAACCUUGUGCAUGCUUGCACCGCUCUCUUCUCCCAGCUUCGUGUGCAACAAUUUCUAGUUCAAAUAAGCAGUUGUGGGAACCAUAUUGUAGUGGAGUUUUAUUUCCGAAAAUUAAUCAUGGAGGAUGAAACGGUAGCUAAUUUCGAAGAACGCUUUGAAUUACUUUUACCCAAAUUUAUGAGGCAACAUAAAAAUUUACCUGUAAAGUGAAGCACUUUCUUGAGUGGAUGAAUUCGUUCUCGGGCAUUAGGAGAAUACCUAUUCGGUUUUAGAACCGAAACAAAACAGGAAACAACCGGUCUGGUUUGGUUUGAACUCGGUUUUGGCUUUUGGUUUGCUGUUCAAUAUGCCCAGUUCAUUCCUCUCCGCCUCACAUGCAAAAGCAUGGUGUUCUAAGUUCCUAACUCUCCUUUCGCUGCUGGCGGAAUCUAUCACGUUUUCUUUCCUCCUUCCUUGUCCCUCAAGCAACUCUUGAAGUUGCUAAAACUACUACACAAGUCACCCUCACGUGCAUUGCUCACCUCUUCUACGUGCAUUUCACUAACUUUAUACAAGCCUUUCUUUCUCCUUCUCUCUCUCUCACGCACGCAGGCAGACACCGGAGGGAAGAUCAGUUAAAGUACGUUAAAAUCAAGUUCAUAUACACGAAAAAGGCAGACAAAGGUGAGCUUUGCAGAUGGGUGUUGCUUCUUGGCAAGUUAUUCGCAUGGGUUUGGGGUGCUUGUUUUGUCCCCGUACACAAAACUACAGUAUUUAUACUCGAAUACAAAUUAGAAUCUACAUCUCUUCCCUCUUUUGAUACUCUGCAUUAAAGAAAACAAGGUUCGUUUUGCAUCACCCUGUUUCCGACAAGUUUAUUUCUUCUGCUCCCAGCCGAGAUCAUCUUUAUUAUCUAUUUGUGAUGACAAACCGAAAAGUAUAGCAUCAUUUGUAUACCAUAUAUACUCGACAUUACUAAUCUGUUUCAUUAUUUCAGGGGCAAUAGGCGCAAAUCGGUAUGGAGAAGCUCAACUCGCAGAUGUAUGUGCAAAACUGUCACAUAAUCCAACAAAAUCAAAUGCUAAGGAAGAAAGCUCAAGUGCUCAACCAAGAGAAUCAGGCUUUGUUAUCGGAGCUCAAGCAAAAACUCUCUAGAGGCAACUCAAAACCAAGCCCGAAUUCUGACGUUCAUGUUACUUCUGCUUCCUCAGAUUCCACCAGUUUCAAUAAGGGUUAGCCGGGCACACAUAUUUUCCUAGCAGAAAUAAUCCCCCCAUCCUGCGCGAACUGUUGCAGUUCUUGUUACCUUUCCCCAAACAAAAAAAAAAAAAGUCUCGUUACUCAGCCCAUCUUGAACAAAUUUUCAUUUUGGAUUGAAAAUUAUGUGAUGAAAUAAAUAUUCUUGAAUAGAGAACAGAAUAAUAAAAUCAACAGAGUUACAAAA